AUGCAUCACGCUAAGGACUCACGAAGUCCUUCCCCCCCCAAGGCUGCGGCCACGAGGCUCGGCUGCACGGCGUCGGCCGGCGGCUUGUGGGGGGAGGGGGACCUCGUGGCAGCCCCGCCCAUUCCGUGCGGGGGAGGGCGCUCUGCACAUGUUCAGAGGCCCUUGGACCGGGAUUGCGAGCGCCUCUCUUGGCCCUGCGCUGUCGCGAGGAUGCCGCGGAGCCGCCGCGGAUCCGCCUUGCUGGCGCUGCUGCUGCUGCUGCUGCUGCCGCUCGCGGUGGCGCUGGGCGAGGCCGGGGAAGCGGCGGCGAGCGGGCAGCAGCGUCCCUUCGCCGUCCUCCGGAGACAGAACCUGGCUCUGCUGGGCAGCGUCUUCGGCCUCCUGGUGCUCGCCGCCGUCCUGCUGGCCGUCUGCGUCUAUCGGCCGCUUCGCCGCAGGUAGCUGGGAGUGCGACCGCCGCCUGCUCUGUCCGCCCCGACCCCGGCUUUCUCUCGACCUGACCUGCCGCUGCCGCGCUCCUCCCGGUGGGCUGGACGAGAUGCCCCCCCCCGCCGCCGCCGAUUUGGCCGGCUGAACCUCCUUAACCGAACUAAGGACUACCCCGCAUGCAGGUCUUGGUCCCGCGCCGCCAGCUGCUCUUGGUCAGAUGCACAAUGGACCGCCGAGGGUUGCCGCUCGACCCUGAUGGACGCCUGAGGCCGGGAAGAGCCCCGUUCUCGGCCAGAGCCCACAAUCUGGACAGGGGAGCAUUUUAUGGGCUGCCACAGAAAGUCAUCCUCUCUUCAGCUGUCCAAUUGCCAAGCGCCCCCCCCCCGCCCCUUUUCCCAGGAGCCUAAUGGGGAUCUCUCACUGGAGGGGGGUCUAGCAGGCAGAAGAUGCACCGGGAAAGCAGCACCCAAAGGCACGCCCUCUAAUUUGCCCUUGUGACUGCUGGCAUUUCUUACGUGAUUCUAUGCUUCUUGUUUUCAAGCCAUAAAGGGUUUUUCCUGAUGUGUAUCAGCUACUUUGGGGUAGGUAAUAAAACAACGGUCAGUGUGA